ACCCUGAAGCUCGCUUGAUGAGCGACGUCGCGACGUGCUCGUUGCCUUCGCCAUGCAGCUCUCCGUGUCCCUGUCCUGGCUUUGCCUUGAGGAAGGUCAACUGCAGCGAUUACUGUUGCACGUCUUAAGGAACAGGCUUACUCUGUCUUUCACGAUAUUGUUCGGCGCAUUUGUAUGCGUAGACACGCUGCGGCAGUCGGCCACCUCAGUCCAGUCGCUCCUGCAGUCGAUCAGCAACAUUGGUUUCGGCUACUCCAUGCUGCAGGUUGUACUCGUUGUCCGCCACCCACGGCUCUGGGUCAUGCUGCGUGAGUUAAGGUGCCUGGUCAAGGUGAUAGAGGCUGAUCCGGGAGAAAAGCCCUCUGUGUCGACUCAGAAUUGA